AUGAACAAGUACGUGUUGACGUUUAUUGGCCAUGGCCAUGAAGUUCCUGCUUUGGAUACUUACCUAUUAAAAUUUAUUGCUAGAAACCCAGAUGUCAAAUACACGAAUUGGGAACAAUUAAGUGAUCAUGUAGUUGAUCAAUACUUCACUAGCGAUGAGGAUGAAUUGAAUCAAGCUAAUGUUGUAGAGUAUGCUGGUGUCGAUGUCGUGUUGCAACGUGAUGACGAAUACAGACGCAAGAGACUCUGUGUGUUCGAUAUGGAUUCGACUUUAAUUUAUCAAGAAGUAAUUGAAUUAAUUGCUGCUUAUGCUGGUGUCGAAAGGGAAGUUAAAAAGAUUACUGAUCGUGCAAUGAAUGGAGAAUUAGAUUUUAAACAGAGUCUUUCACAACGUGUAGAAUUAUUGAAAGGUUUACCCAUUGAACAAUUAUAUUCAGAGAUUAAACCUAAAUUAUUAAUGACAAAAGGUGUUCCAGAAUUAUGUAAAGUAUUAAGACAUGACGGUGUAAGACUAGCUGUAUUGAGUGGUGGAUUUGUACCAUUUGCCGAAUAUAUUAAAGAACAACUUGGUAUGGAUUUUUUUAAAGCAAACCAAUUAGAGACGGAUAACGAAACAGGUCAAUUGACAGGUAAAGUUCUUGGUGAGAUUGUUGAUGGUGAUUUAAAGGCAACUACCCUUGUCGAAUUAGGUCGUAAAUUUGAUAUACCAAUUGAUUCGAUAAUGAUGGUUGGUGAUGGUGCCAAUGAUCUUGCCGCAAUGGGUGUUGCAGGGUUUGGUAUUGCUUGGAACGCCAAGCCAAAAGUACAACAAUUGGCGCCAGGUCGUUUAAACAGUUCAACAUUAUUAGAUUUGUUGUUUAUCAUGGGUUAUACUCAAAAAGAAAUUGAUCAAAAAUUAUAA